AUGCAAACACUUAUGGACAAGCAAUUUUUUCCAGAUGGUAGAGCAGAUCAGAUAGUUCAGGAUCUGAAACAGGAGCAGGAACAGGAGAAAGUUGAGUCAUUAAAAACACAAGACUUAUUCCAAGUGCAUCAGGGGUUAAACGAUAGUGAAAGUAGUGAUAUAGUUCCGAGUACCCUACCUGCUGCUAUUAAUUUAAUUAUUAGUCUUCAGAAUAAAAACAUUCAAAUGGUUUCCAAAUUGGAACAAUUUAAUGAUCUAGUUAGGAUCAAUAAUAACUUAAAUAAUGAAAUCAAUAUGUUAAAAUUUCAAUAUAAUUCAAUUGUUAAGGAAAAGAUUAAUGCUACUUCGAAUCGUCAACGUACUGAUACUAAAUGUGAAAAUUUUGAUGAAUUGCUUGCUCUUUCAAAAAAAUUAUCUGCUUCAAAUAAUUUCAAUGAAUUCUUAAACACUUUAUCUACCAUCAAUCAUAUCGUGAGUGAAAAUCAUAGCAUGUUUGGUGACUCAAUGCUAAUUGAGCAAAUAGAUUUACUUUGUCAACAGACAAACGAUUUAGAUAUAGAUAGUUCAAAUUGCAAUGAUAUACCUUUAACUCCGGAAUCCAAUAAAUUGAAAUUCAUAGGUAUGGGUGAAGUUCAACUCAAAUCGCAAAACCCAAUGAUUACUCCAAGAACUACACCAAGAGCCACUCCGAUAAAAGAACCACAUUUGAAAUCAUUUACUAAUGAGAAUAAUAAACGUCGUAGAGAUCGUGAAAGAUCAAACUCUAAUGCAAAAGUGAGGGAUAAACAUCCUUAUAUUAGUAGUUCAUUUACUUUUAAAUUAGCAGAACGAUCGCACAAUAUAAUUAAAACUCCCAAUAAUGAUCCAAUUUCUGAUGUAAAUAAAACUUCUCAACCUGAAAAUUUACGAAGUAUAUAUGCUUCACCAUCUUCAAACCCACCAAGUAAACCCUUGGUAUUUUCAGUACGAGAUAUAUCUGCUAAUAAUACCAAUCAACAUAAGAACAGUGUGAACUAUUAUUCAAAUUUUAAAUUCUUACAACCAACUGAUACCCCAAAAAUCAACGCUGAUUCAUCUGUUAAAUUACCAGGUAUUAAGAAUUCAAAUCCUCAUUCUAGAAAAAAUGUUAAAAAUAAAAAUUCAAACAACUCAAGAAAUAAUAGAAAUAGAAAUUCCAAUAGAACGAGAGCCCGAAACAUAAAUACAGCUUCUAAUACAGUUUCAAUUAGUGAUUCAAAUCAACCAAGGAAAAAGAGAAAUAAUACAUCUAACACUAAAUAG